AUGGAGAAACGCCAGAUAAAUCGAGAAGAUCUUCUUGCAGAAAAAUCAAAGUUAAGUGAGGAACUAAAGAAACUAAAUCAAGAGGAUUUAAGACUCCAAGAGGAAUAUAUCAAAGUUUUAGAAGAAAUUGACUUAAUACUUCAACAAAUGCAACAAGAAUCCGUUUGA